CUCUAGACUAGCGAGCUAGCGAAAACAAGUGCGCUAGCUAGCUCUAAGCUAACAAGUAAACAUCUGCGUUUUCAUGCAGUGUUAAUUUUCACUCUGAAGAAAAGCAAUGGUUUUAAAUAAUAAUAAUGAUAAAACAAAAAAAUAACUGAGGUUGAUGAAGCAUUUUACAUAAUUAAUUCAGUUAUUAUCGUUUUUUACGUUGUGUGCGCUAAUAAGAUUUUAGCUGCACGAGCGCUUUGUUUGUCUAAAUGAAUGUUUAGUGAGGAUUAAAAUCAGAUUAUGAUUACAUUCAAUUUUAAUCUGUUUGCUGUUUAUCCUCUUGACUAGCCAGCAUGCGUUAUAUGACAUUUAAAUUAAAUAUAUUUAUGAAUAACAUGAUUCGUGUUUAGACUUAUAGGUCUCCUUUCAGGUUACUCCUCCUUUUAAACAUAUUCCUUAUUUACAGGGAAAUAACCAGGCAGGAAUGUGAGACGUAAACUUGUGAACUGUUUUGCAGAGUUCCUUUAAUAAUGGUUGGUGUGCGAGAAGAGAAGGAAGAUGCGAGACGUGGCAUGUGUACAGAUCUGAGUGUGUAAUCUUAUCAGCUGUGAGGAGUUGUGUAAGAGGAGCAGAGAUGAGCUGACUGAUUGUGUUGGGAAACCGUGAACUUUGCAUCUAAAGACUGAUAAACAAAUGAGCCGAAGUGGGUCAGCGAAUCGCUCGGAGAAGAAAAGGGUCACGUUUAAAAGGUCGUGUUCGUGAAAUUGAUGGAAACGCAUCGAAUAAAGGAGGACGUGGGCUCUCGGAGGUCGGGAUGAACGUUGGCGUAGCCCACAGUGAGGGGAACCCCAACACUCGGGUUAUGAACAGUCGGGGGAUCUGGCUGACGUACGCACUCGGCGUGGGAAUGCUUCACAUCGUGCUCUUAAGCAUUCCUUUCUUCAGCGUGCCGGUCGUGUGGACCCUCACGAAUGUUAUUCACAACUUGGGAAUGUACGUGUUCAUGCAUGCGGUAAAAGGGACGCCGUUCGAGACUCCAGACCAGGGCAAAGCCCGACUCCUCACACACUGGGAACAGCUGGACUACGGCGUGCAGUUCACAUCAUCCAGGAAGUUCUUCACAAUUUCGCCCAUCAUUUUAUAUUUCCUGACGAGCUUCUACACGAAAUAUGACAUGGCUCAUUUUGUGAUAAACACAGCGUCCUUGCUGAGCGUCCUCAUCCCCAAACUGCCACAGCUCCACGGAGUGCGACUCUUCGGAAUCAACAAGUAUUAAUCGUUCAGAGCGAACGACGCCGAGAACAUUCUCUCUCUCUCUCUCUCUCUCUCUCUCUCUCUCUCUCUCUCUCUCUCUCUCUCUUUGCGGUUUUGUACAGAGUGUAAUUUAGUGUCUGUCUUUGCCUAGAUGCACUUCGGGUUAUUCCGGGGCAUACGUGACGACGCCUCAAGCAUUAACUUAAAGAAGUAAAUAUUUAAUUUUCUUUCUUUUGGCUCCCUCAUGGAUCUGGGCUGGCCCGGGUUUCACAGUCGAGAUGAGGUAUUUACUUUUGUUUUGUUUUUGUGUUCCUUGCUUUCGGUUUUGUUUGUAGGUGCGCACUAAUUCGAGGCUUCUGUUUGACGUUUCUAAAGGUUUUUUUUGUCGUUGUUUUGUUUUUUUUAACAAAAAAAAAAAACCCUGAUUCUUUAUAAGAGUCGGACCCUGUAGUCUUUUCAGUACUAGUAGUGUUUGCAUGAAAAAGAAAGAGAGGUUUGUUAGAGAGAGAGUAUUUUGAUAGGUCCUCCAUCAGGUUUAUGCAAGACACAAAAAAAAAAACAACCCCACCAACCAUGGAUUAACAAGAUUUUAGUGUUUACUGAUCCGAGUCUGAUGAUGUUUAUGUUGAUGUUGAUGUAUUCAUUCCAGUCAGUGUGCUCGUUUAUUAGGACGUAACUGUGAAAUCUCUUAAUGAGCAGAGCAGGUUUUAUUUUCUUCAGCAUCUCUGUUUAUUCAUGGUAUUAUUGGAGCUCAAACAAACCCUGUGUGUAAUAAAGGCUUAUUUGUGCUCUCUC